AUGGAGAGUGGUUCCAACAGCACUUCUUGUCCAAUGGCUUUUGCCGGGGAUAAUAGUAAUGGUCCGAUGUGUCCUAUGAUGAUGAUGAUGAUGCCCGUCAUGACAUCACAUCAACAUCAACAACAUCAUAGUCAUGAUCAACAACAACAACAUGAUGGUUAUGCAUAUCAGUCACACCACCAACAAAGUAGUUCCCUUUUUCUUCAAUCACUAGCUCCUCCUCCUCCUCCUACUCGAGUUAUUAAGAACAAAGUUGUUUCUUCUUCUUCAUCUCCUUCUUCUUGCGCUCCUGCUUAUUCUCUCAUGGAGAUCCAUCAUCAAAACGACCUCGUUGGAGGAGGAAUCAACCCUUGUUCUUCUUCAGCCUCUGUCAAGGCCAAGAUCAUGGCUCAUCCUCACUACCACCGCCUCUUGGCCGCUUAUGUCAAUUGUCAGAAGGUUGGAGCUCCACCGGAGAUUGUAGCGAGGCUGGAGGAGGCAUGCUCGUCUGCGGCCGCCGCAGCAGCGUCCAUGGGACCCACAGGGUGUUUAGGUGAAGAUCCAGGGCUUGAUCAAUUCAUGGAAGCUUACUGUGAAAUGCUCGUUAAGUACGAGCAAGAGCUUUCUAAACCUUUCAAGGAAGCUAUGGUCUUCCUUAACCGCGUGGAAUGUCAAUUCAAAUCCCUCUCCCUCUCCUCACCUUCCUCUUUCUCCGGUUAUGGAGAGGCAGCUAUAGAACGGAACAAUAAUGGGUCAUCUGAGGAAGAAGUCGACAUGAACAAUGAAUUUGUGGAUCCUCAGGCCGAGGAUAGGGAGCUUAAAGGACAGCUCUUACGCAAGUACAGCGGUUACUUAGGAAGCCUCAAGCAGGAGUUCAUGAAGAAGAGGAAGAAAGGAAAGCUCCCCAAAGAAGCUCGCCAACAACUUCUUGAUUGGUGGAGCCGUCACUACAAAUGGCCUUACCCUUCGGAGCAACAGAAGCUAGCUUUGGCGGAAUCAACCGGGCUGGACCAGAAACAGAUAAACAAUUGGUUCAUAAACCAGAGGAAACGGCAUUGGAAGCCAUCAGAGGAUAUGCAGUUUGUAGUAAUGGACGCAACACAUCCUCACCAUUACUUCAUGGACAACGUCUUGGGCAAUCCUUACCCUAUUGACCAUAUCUCCUCCACCAUGCUUUGA